GUCUCUACAAUAGUCUUAUAAUAAGUUAUACCAAUUGGAAAAAGUUUUCCACAACAAAGUUUACAUACACACCAAGUGCAAAAUAGGUAGAGAAAAAAAAAAAUUAUAAAAACAAGAAUUUGUGGUGUUCUUGGAAACUAUCUUUGGACGCAGUGCGCACGAUAACCGAUCCCCCCCCCCCUCCCUUUUAAUUUACUUAAGUAGCGAAGCGGAGUUCAAAAAAGACAUCCAAAUCAGUUGAAACCACUCCUUCUAGCCCUUUCUCAUGCUAUCGUGCGCCUAUCCUCCCAAUCCCUGAGCCUCCGCCCCUCCUAGAUCCCCUCUUCGAAUCGCCCGUGCGCUGUUCGAAUCAACUGUGAUAUAAUUCGUCCGUUGGAUUGAAUCUGGCGGGAGCGAUGGGCGGAGACGGAGCGCAGCCGCAGCAUCUGCCGGCGGCGGCCACUGCGACGGCGGAGGAGCAGUACAUCAAGGCGAAGACGUCGGUCUGGUGGGACAUAGAGAACUGUCACGUGCCGAAGGUGUGUGAUCCCCACGCCAUCGCGCAGAAUAUAAGCUCCGCGCUGGUCAAGAUGAACUACUGUGGGCCCGUCUCCGUCUCCGCUUACGGAGAUACCACCAGGAUCUCCCCCGCCGUCCAGCAGGCGCUCAACAGCACCGGUGUAGCGCUCAAUCACGUACCCGCCGGUGCUAAAGACGCUAGUGACAAGAAGAUUCUGGUGGAUAUGUUAUUUUGGGCUGUUGACAAUCCCGCACCUGCCAAUUAUUUAUUGAUCUCUGGAGACCGAGAUUUCUCAAAUGCUUUGCAUCAACUACGGAUGCGUCGGUAUAAUAUUCUUCUAGCUCAACCACAAAAAGCUUCUGCUCCACUACUUGCUGCUGCAAAGAGUGUAUGGCUCUGGACUAGUCUAGUAGCUGGAGGACCACCGCUUACAACAGUUGAAUCUGCUCAAUUUGUAAGUAACAGCUAUGGGUAUAUACCAGCCUCUGACUCAUUGCGUACAGAUACCAUUAUGGGCAACAAACCAGUGGAAUCGUUUUAUGAAAAUUCUCAUAUGGGAAACCAAAAAUAUUCAAAUAUGGGAAGAGGAACGGAUGUAAAAUAUAAAGGGAAACAAAUUCGCAGAAACUUCACUCAACCUACUAUGCCAAGAACCUCAAGUAAUAUGAGUGGGCCUGAAGAUAACGGCGCCAACUUCCAUCCAGGAUAUGUACACAAUAAGCAGUUCAAUGAACACCAGGACUUAUCUACUGCUUAUAAUCCAAAAGCUGCUAUUGGUGGAAUAGGGAACUCAUACUUUCCUGGUAAUCCUGAUUCAUCACGGGGUGACAGUUCCCAACCUCAUGUCUCUCAUCAAAAUCACUACCCUCAGCCAUUAAGACCAAACAGCCUCCCCACUGAAACUGCAACUCUGCCUGUUAGCUCGUCACUAACUAACCAGCAUUGGCAUCCUUCUAAUGCAUUGAAUCGCAGACCUGAUUCACCUAACUUGACCCCAGCUCCUCCGACUUACGUACCUGAUAUUUUCAAUUUAAACAUUUCUGACCAUACAAGAAAUGAUCAAAGCGCACCUGCUUCGCAACAACGAAACGGAGGAGAGAGAAGACCAUUGUCUAGUGAUUCGCCAAACAGAGUAAACUUGAACGGUCCACAAAAAGGAUUUAAUGUGCAGAAGAGACCUGCUUUUCAUCAAGAUGGUCAAAACAGCAGGUAUUCACAUGGUAAUCAAGAUUCAUUAGUACCUUUGUCAUCUGGAUCAGGAACUGCUGCCAUCUCUGUAAAUGGUUCGUGGGGAACAUCAGGAUGCCCUAAACCUUCUGAAUAUAUACAAGGUCUUAUUGGGAUUGUCCUACUGGCUUUAAACACCCUUAGAAAUGAGAAGAUUAUGCCAACAGAGGAAAAUAUUGCAGAUUGCAUCAGAUAUGGAGAUAUCCGACAUCGCAAUACUGAUGUUAAGAAAGCUUUGGCAUGUGCACUUGACCAGCAAUUGGUAGUACAACAACAAAUAGGUUCCCUGCAGUUGUAUAUUGGGAAAAAUGAGAGACUAUGGCAAUGUGUGAACCCUAUGGGUGGUGACGCAAACAAGUAUUCAAAAUCAAUAUGGGAUGAAAUCCAAAACUUUCUUUCAUCCUCUUCUGGAAGAUCUGCUAUACUUGAAACGAACUGCAGGUAUGAGGCAGCAACUAUUAUGAAAAAGAUGUGCUUAAAAGAGCUUCCAUUGGGUGAAAUUCUCCAGAUCUUGCAAAUGGUAAUUAACAUGAAAAAGUGGAUUAUAUAUAAUUAUCAGUCAGGAUGGAAACCAAUUAAGGUUGCAGUUGCAGAGUUCAGCCCUGAUUCAGGGUUGGCAGCUGCUACAUAAUCUCAGAGUAUUUGCGGUUGGUGGGGGAGAAGGUAUGGAUAUUUGUUUUUGAUUCAUGGCUUCGUUUGAUGUGAAACAAUAAGUUUUAUAUUUAGCCUUCUUCCCUAGGUAUUGGCUGCUGAGUAAGUAGCCUUGAGUGAUACAAUAGCAGUAUCUAGGUUCUUGUUGUAGUUUUCCUUUAAGAAAACUUUGAAGGUCUUGUAUGAAAGUUGUGGUUAGAUAACGAUUGGGAUUUCUAAGAGCUGUUAGUUGCUCUUUAUAUGAUCCUUUACCUUUGGCGUAAUAUGACCUAAAUGGAGAGACACGUCUAUGGAUAAUGGAAAUUUGUGUCCAUGGAUGGUUUUGAGAUUCAACUAGGUUGGAGACCAUGUUGGGGGGGCCUAUUCAAUUUUCUCAAAAUGACAUCUGAAUUUUGAAUAAGGCUGGCUGGUGAUUAAAUUCUUGUCAAGAUAUGAUGGGGGCUCACGUACUUGGAUAUGGUCGUUGAAGAAAAUGUGGUGAGUAAAGUAUUGCAAAGCAUCAGAGGACAUAAAGGAUCUUGUUAGUUUACGGCGAAUUCCGGUGGAUGUAGAUUAGCGGUUUAAGGCCCGAGCUCUAAGAUUGAAAUUCUUUGAAAGCAACUUCUUUAAGCAGAUUCCUCAGCAUCACGAUUGCCUGUCAAAGCAACUUGUUGCUGAUUAUGGUAAUUUGUCAAGCUUUGGUUAACUGGAAUUUAUUGCGUUCUCUGCAUGCUACAUCAGCCGGAUUUCAGACGGUAAACUUCGGAAUGUGGAAACAAAAUGGAUGAUUGAUGAUAUCUCUAUUCUAAGCAUGUAAAUGCAAACAGUAUAUCUUACCUGAAACUCUAUUACUCUGCUGUGGUACUGGUUGUGAAGCUCUCUGCUUCCACUGUUUAAAUUAUGUAAAUUAAGUAUUCCGACGCUUUUAAUGAUGAAAAAUAGUAGUACUCUCCUGAUAAUUUUCCUUGAUAAAUGAUUGUAUUUCCUUGUUUUA